GUACUUACUAACGCAGCUGGCGAGAGAUCCAUGUUGCGUACGUACGUACGAAUAGAGCUUUGAGACUGCAACAUGGAGCCGUAACUACGACUGCAACAACAAUCCUUUUACUGCCAAUAUAGUACUAUCUUUUACUAGUAGCUUGCAGACUGGGGUCCUAGCUAAGUCUAGGGGAUGGACUCUGCCGAAGAAGAUACACAUGGGACGGACACAUGUGUCCACUUCAGUUCCUGCCGGCAGACAGCGACGGAGCACCUCACUCGCUCACACUCACAUGUCAUCACAGUGAUAACCUUCAUAAUAACUUGCACCGGCACCCCCACACACUUCUCCAGCUAUAAGAACCGGCCGCUCUCUGCCCAACUGACACAGAGCAGAGCAGAUCGAGCGCCACCGUUGCAGGAAAUGGAUUGCGGUACCGACGAACACCAACACGGCCAUGGCGACGCGACGGAGUGGAAGAAGGUGGCGGAGCUGAGGGCCGUCGCCGAGGCGCAGGACCCCGCAGCCAAGGAGGAGGAUGACUUUGCGCUGCGGCGGUUCCUGCGUGCCCGGGACCACAACAUCGGCAAGGCAUCGACGAUGCUCCUCCAGUACCUCACCUGGAAGCGCGUCGCCAAGCCCCGCGGCUCCAUCUCGGACGAUGAGGUGCGCAACGAGAUCGCAAAGGACAGGGUCCGCAUGCAGGGCUUCGACCGCCUCAACCGCCCCAUGGCGUAUCUCUAUGGCGCACGCCAUUUCCCUGCCCAUCAUGACCUUGGCGAGUUCAAGCGCUACGUCGCCUAUGUCCUCGACAAAAUCUGCACUAGGUUGCCAGUGGGGCAGGAGAAGUUUGCGGCGGUGAUAGACAUGAAGGGGUGGGGGUAUGCGAAUUGUGACCUCCGGGGUUACGUGGCGGCAUUGGAAAUCAUGCAGGGCUAUUACCCGGAGCGCCUUGGCCGGGUGUUCCUGAUCCAUGUGCCCUACAUGUUCAUGGCAGCAUGGAAGAUGGUGUACCCGUUCAUCGACGACCGGACCCGGAAGAAGUUUGUGUUUGUCGCCAAUAAGGACCUCAAAUCCACGCUCCAGGGCGCCAUUGACGAGUCCCAGCUCCCCGAGGAGUACGGUUGCAUGUUGAAGCUUUAGGGCUACACCAAUUCACUGUAGUCCAAAUCCAUCUGAUGAUUGGACAAUGGUGAUCACUACCUGACAUACUCAAUUAAGGGUGCAUCAAAACUUCCACCACAGUCAA